CGGCAAGCCUCUUGUUUACCUGAUAUUGAUGUAGAACCUCUUAGCUUGAAUUGAUCUUCAAAAUGGCCUCUUGGCUUACUGCCCAACUGAAGGUUGCAGAGGGUUUGCUUGAGGCUGUAGAUAAGACCGUGUCGCGGACUGUGGGAACGUUGGGACUUGCAGAAGGCGAACCCGAGAGCUCAGCUGGAGGACCCAACCCUGCAAGCGGUCUGCAGCAGGACUCGCCACAUACUUUAUACAGCCAGCCCUACAUCCCAACCUCGGCCGCUCCGCAAGGGUACUCGCUUGCAGUCCCAACCUCAUACAAUGCCAGGAACGGCACCACCGCAGGCGGGCUGGAGAACCCCGCCAGCUACUACGCCAGCACUGCGUCCGCUCCGGGCUGGGAGGCCCGCAGUGAAGCUUCUGGUCGCACACCCGGCGGAGCCAGCGCCGGCAGCAGCAGCACCCCAUCCGGACCGGCGGGCGGCGGCUUCACGGUCAAGUCAGACGCCCCCAUUCCCUUCGGCAGCAGGGCUCCGCUCACGGCUCCGGCGGCGACCGGAGUUGCACCCGCGGCUCCGCCCUACUCGGCGGGCGGCAGCCUCCGCAGCAGCAGCAGCAGCAGCGACCCCCAGACCGGCCUCGCUGCUCCCUCCGGUAUUCCUCCAGCAGCUGCUGUUGCAGUGCCCCCGACCUUGGCUAGCCCGACUGGCACCUCCACCGCAGCCCCACGCAAGCACACCGCCGCCCUAGACGCUGGUGCCGCGUCGAUUAGCUCCCCCCUUGCUGCUUCCUUCCCAGCCGCUGCUGCUGCCCCCGCUGCUGCUGCUAGCACCAGCGGAGCGGAGGGUGCCGGAGUGAGCAGCAACGGCAGCUCAACGCCGCCGCCCAAGGCCCUGGCGGCGGGUCAGAGGAGUGGGGGCGGCUCCUCUACCUCCGCGCCUGCUGCUGCCUCCAGCUCCGCUUUAGGUACGGCGAGCAGCAGCAGCGGCGGUAGCCAACCUGCGGUGGACCCCCCGUCCGUGCUGCCGUCUCCGCCCUCCACCGCCUCCACACUGCCACCAGGGGCCGCGGGCGAGGGGCUAGCCCAGGAGGCGAGCUUCAGCGCACCCGGCCCGGAGGCGGCACCCAGUGGGGCGGAGGGGGCGGGGCCGCUGCCUUCCAGCCUGACUGCGGGCGAGCCAGGGGGCCAGCAACAGGGCUCAGGCGGCUCGGCGACCUCAGCCGGCAGCAGCAGCAGCACUAGCGCCGCCUCGGGAGCAGCUCCUGCCGCCCCUCCUCCUCCUGCCGCUGGCAACACCACAGGGACCUUACCGGGGGCCGCAACGCAGCUACCCACCGCUGCGGCGGCACCCGCACCAACAGCACCUGCUCCCGCACCACCUGCCGCCCCGGCAGCAGCCGCAGGCGGCAGCACGCCUGCAGCAGCAGCAGCGGCCUCCGCCGCCGCUGCCUCCCUCGCCUCCGCCACCACCUCGGCCGUAGCGCACUCCCUCUCCUUCCUCAACCUAGUCCUCGACGACUCGGACGCUGCUGCCGCCGCCGACGCCCCUCCGCAACCCACCACCUCUUCAGCCCUCCACCAGCAGCAAAUCCAGUCCCUCACACGCACCUGCGAGCAGCUCCGAAAACGCCUCGAAGCCUCCCGCGUCGAAAACGAGCAGCUGGAAGACAUGCUAGCUCGCGCCGAGGUGCGAGCCCAGCAAGAGGCCGCCCUGGUUUCGGCGCUGCGGGAGGAGCUGGCGGCGUCGCAGCAGGGGCGGGCGGCAGCUGAGAGCAGUCUGGCGGCGCAGCUGGCCGUUGCUCGCGCGGGCCUGGCGGAGGUGAGCGGCAAGUACGAGGCGAGCCAGCGGGCGGUGCUGGUGCUGGAGGGGCAGCUGGCGGCGCUGGAGGAGAGCAGCCGGCGGCUGCUGGAGCAGCACAGCGACCGGGAGGGGGACAUGGUGGAGGCCCUGCGCUCCGAGCUGGCCGCCGCGGAGUCCCGCCUGGCUGCCGAGCGGCGGGCCCACCAGGCUAGUCGCGCCGCCGCCGCCUCGCGCGAGCAGGACCUGGAGCAGCAGGUGGCGGGCAGCACCGCGGCGCUGGGGGAGCUGACGCGGGGGCUGGAGGAGGCAAACCGGAAGAGCAGGGCGCUGGAGGAGGAGGUGGUGGCGGCCACUCGGGGCCGAAACGAGCUGGCGGCGCGGGUGGCGGCGCUGCAGCGGCAGCUGGCGGAGGCGGGGAUUGAGAUGGAGGGGCUGGCGGAGGGGGACGCCGCUGCUGCCUCCCCCGGCGGCGGAGGCGGCGGCCCCGUCAGGGGCUCUGCGGCGGCUGCGGCAGCUGCUGCGGCGGCGGCUGAGCUGGACGUGUUGCGCGGGGAGGUGUUGCAGCACCGGCGGGCGGCGGCGGCGGCGCGGCAGGCGGCGGAGGCGAGUGAGGCGCAGGUGGCGGCGAUGGCGGCGGAGCUGGAGGGGCUUCGGCAGAGCCUGGAGCAGAGGAAGGACACCGCCCAGUUGGAGUCCCAGCUGGCGGAGGUGUCGGACAUGCUCUACCUCAAGCAGACGCAGCUGGAGAGGCUGGCGGCGGAGAAGGCGGCGCAGCAGCUCAAGACGGAGCGGGAGCUGGACAGCACGCGGCAGGAGCUCGCCAAGCUCACCCGCCAGCUGGCGCAACAGGGCGCCAUCGGCAGCGGCCUCCGGGGCCUGGGGGGCGGCCCUCACUCCUCCUCCUCCUCCUCCGCGCCGCAUGACGUCAUCCCCAUGGACGCCCUGGGCGAGCCCUACCAGCGCCUGGCUCGCCACACCCGGGUGGGCAAGGCGGUCAAGGCGGCCGCCAACUUCCUGGACGGCACCGCCUCCACCACCGCCUUCGUGCUGAGGCAGUACCCGCUGGCGCGGCUGGUGGUGUUUGGCUACGUGGUGCUCAUCCACCUGUACGUGUACCUGCUCAUUGCGCGCAUGCAGCGGCUGGCCACGCACUACGAGGCGGCGGUGGUGACGGCGCCGGGGGGUGCUGCGUAGGGAAGGAUGGGAUAAAAGAAUAAAGAGACACUGACUGAGGGAGG